AUGGCAAAACUGGCAGACUUGUCAAAGGCGCUGAAUUUUUCGGUAAGGGUUUGGCCCGUUGUCUCGUUGUGCGAUGUGCAAACCUUAUGCUCAUGUAUGGGUAACCUUAAGCGCUCACUUGAUCUCUGUGCUUUACAUCAAGCUGAUGCCAACACGCAUGAACAUGUUGUUGCAUUAGCGCCUUGUUCCGCUAAACGUUGCACCAUAACGUCAUUGUCAAUGAGAUACAACAGCUCGUUAGAAGCCAUUUAG